CAUACAGUGAAAUGCGUUCACGACCAGCACAGGCUUGGCACAUAAGUGGACAGAAACGGGCAAAUCCGGAAAUCUAUUUGAAUCUAAGAAUAAAUCAGGACUGUGACGUUGACUUGAAUGGUCUUGGUGGGGUUCCCAGCAUGAAGAACCUGUGACUUCGAUGACAAAAAUAUUCGGGGAAUAGCCACUAAUAAUGAGCUAAACCGUCAAGUACCAGGAAGGCAACGAAUGAGUCCGCCAGUGUCCUUGACCACAGAUAUCCGUCGAAAUUGCCAGUGCUUCCAAUUCAGCGGUAAUAUUUAGACCAAGUGGAGUUUUACUUUGUCUCGGCCAGGGAGUGGAAUUCGAGUGCGGAUCAAGAAGACUGAGGCAAAUGGAGUCUCGGAUUUCCCUCGGGAAUGCUGGAAGCCCCGCUUCCGUGUUCCAACCCUUGCUGGACGGCCGCUUGCCUUAUGGCAGAUUGCAACACACCACAAUCCUGCCCAUGGACCAGAUGAAACCAAACCGCCUGGAGAAUGAUUACGUCGAAAAUCCGAUCGCCACCCAGCCCAGCAGGAACCCGAGCGCCCACAGCAGGCAGCCCCAUCAAGAGAGGACAUCCGGUGGCCCCCGCGACCAGGGCUGUGACCACCACCAGCUCUCCAGCCAGAGCAGCCUGUCCUGGACUUCCAGCAGUAGACCUGGUUCAAUCAGCAGCAGCAGCAGUACCUCGUCGGAUCAGAGGCUGCUGGACCACGCUGCCCCGCCGUCCGUGGCCGAUCAGCCUGUCUGUGAGAGGGCCGUUCAAUCACAGCCCAAGUCAUCCGGCUCCAAAGCGAUCGAUCUUAAAGAGACCUCCCAGCGCCAGGAGACUGGCAAGCACGUGUUACUCUGCGAGGGCUGCGGGAAAUGCAAGUGUACUCACUGCACCUCACCCAGAACUUUUCCCUACUGCUGGGUUUGCAAUCAGAGUUGUCAGUGCAGCCCGCAGGACAUUGUGAACUAUACGACCUGCAUGUGUCUGGUCAGAGGAAUUUUCUAUCACUGCACCAAUGAGGACGAGGAGGGCUCCUGCGCAGACCACCCGUGUUCCUGUUCCCACUCUAACUGCUGUGCCCGCUGGUGCUGCAUGGGCACCAUGUCCGUGUUCCUGCCUUGCUUGUUCUGCUACCUGCCGGCGACUGGGUGCGUCAAGCUGGCGCAGAAGUUCUAUGACACGCUGUGGAUGAACCAGGAGAUUCAUAAUCUGCCGAGGGCCAGAUCUGUGGUGUUCAGGGCUGGAAAUCCCGAAUCAUACAGGAAGUCCAGGUAUGAUCUCUGGAAGGCCAUUGAAAGCACAGAGAGGAAACUUCAGGCUAAACUGGAAUCACACACAGACACUUCAGAGCUGUGGCAGGCUUGUGCGAUGUAACUUCCUACAAGGGGAGCAGGACCUGCCUGUCAGCUUUGUGGCGAAAACUGAUGUCUGUAUCCAGGCACCAGGAGGACAAACGCUCCAUCCAGGGCUGGAAAAGGUGGGUUACUCACAGGAAAAGAUCUUGGAACCGAAGUGGAUAUAUCAUAGCUUAUGAACUCGACCAG